AUGGCUGGAAAUGAAUGGGUCAAAAGUUUUAUUGAGCGAAAUCCAGAGUUGUCUAUUAGGCAAGCAGAAGGCUUAUCUGUCGCUAGGGCUAAAGGUCUUAGCAGAAAAGAAGUGAAUAAUUUUCAUGAACUUCUGACAAAAGUCCUGGCCGAUAAUGAUCUCUUGGAUAAGCCUGAAAGGAUUUAUAAUAUGGACGAAUCAGGAGUUCAGCUCAACAAUAAGCCUGGCAAAGUUGUUGCAAAGAAAGGUGCAAAAGUAGUAAAUUCAGUUACAUCUGUGGAGAAAGGUGAAACAAUGACUAUCGUAGCCUGUUGCAAUGCCAUUGGUAAUUUUAAGCAUUUUAUAUUACCUACACAUGAAGAUAAUAAAUAA